GAUAGGCCAAAGUGUAAUUACACAUAAAGUUUAAUGGUACAAUGGAAAUUAAAGACGGUCUUUCUUAUCGGAGCAAUCACUUGGUCUCCGGUGAGGUUCUGUCGGAUCAUUUUUCCUAUAACGGAUUCAAAUGGAGAAGAAGCCGUCGAGCGAGGAUUCAGCCUCCGACGGCAGCAUCUGGGGAUGGAUUGUGUUGAAAGGUACCGCAGCUUCGUUUCUCUGCAUCAGUCUUUUCGCUCUCUUAGUAAGAAUCGCCGUGUCUCUCCACUCAUACUCCGGCGCCGGAACUCCGCCGAGGUAUGGAGACUACGAGGCCCAGCGCCACUGGAUGGAGAUCACAAUCAAUCUCCCAGUAAAAGAAUGGUACCGUAAUAGCACGGUGAAUGAUCUCAUGUACUGGGGCCUCGACUACCCUCCUCUCACUGCCUAUCAGAGCUACAUUCAUGGACUUUUCCUCAGAUUCUUCGAUCCCCAGUCAGUUGCUCUCUACACUUCUCGGGGCUACGAGUCUUACAUCGGGAAACUGUUAAUGCGGUGGACGGUUUUAUCAUCUGAUGCUCUGAUAUUCUUUCCUGCAGUUCUUUAUUUUAUUAAUGUUUAUUAUUAUGGCAAACCUGUUCAACGGAAGAGUAGUUUGGCAUGGCACAUUGCGAUGCUUUUGUUGAAUCCGUGUUUAAUUUUGAUUGAUCACGGUCAUUUUCAGUACAACUGUAUUAGCUUGGGCCUUACAAUGGCUGCUAUUUCUGCAAUAUUUUCUGAUAGAGACCUUGUCAGUUCGGUGUUGUUCGUUCUUGCUCUUAACCAUAAACAGAUGAGCGCCUAUUUUGCACCUGCAUUUUUCAGCUACCUCUUCGGUAAAUGUCUAAGGCAGAGAAAUCCACUUCUUGAAAUCUCAAAGUUGGGCUUAGUAGUAUUAGGGACUAUGGCUGUGAUUUGGUGGCCAUAUCUUUAUUCAAAGGAAGCACCUUUAGAGGUUCUCUCACGCCUAGCUCCAUUUGAGAGGGGCAUAUAUGAGGAUUAUGUGGCUAAUUUUUGGUGCACAUCAUCUGUUCUUGUGAAAUGGAAGAUAUUGUUCAGUUCCCAAGCACUGAGGCUUCUUAGUCUUGCAGCAACUAUAUCUUCUUGUAUUCCUUCAAUGAUGAUGCUAAUAUUGGUGCCUAGCAAACAAAAUUUCUUAUAUGGGCUGCUCAGUAGUGCUUUGUCAUUCUACUUAUUCUCAUUUCAAGUGCACGAGAAAUCUAUUCUCUUGCCUCUUCUUCCAGCAAGCAUCUUGGCCUGGGAAAAGCCUUUUAUAUUCCGUUGGCUCACAAGUUUUGCCAUGCUCUCUAUGUUCCCACUUUUGAGGCGUGACGAGUUGAUUUUGCCAUAUGGGGCUCUCUAUGGACUUUUUGUCAUUCUUUACUAUGCACCUGGUGGAAAACUACACAGAAGUGAGACAAAUACUUUUCAUGCCACUUUAAAGUCACUUCUUUUGGUCUGCUCUCUUAUUCUUCACAUUGUCUACUUAAUGGUAACUCCUCCAAACCGCUACCCUUUCCUAUUUGAAGCUAUAAUUAUGCUUCUUUGCUUUUCUCAGUUUGUAUUCAUUUUUGUAUACUCAAAUACAAUACAGUAUACAAUGUUGAAGCUUAAUAGUCAGGUAGAUAAUGAUAAGAAAAAUCUAUGAUCUUGUUGGGCUUUUGUAUUUGUAAUUUUUUAUUGCUUAUCCUGAGUUUUAUUAGGACAUUGUUUUUUUUGAGAUGUACAUUUUGAAAUGGCAAGAUAGUGUUCUCGUUUGGCUGAGCUAAGAAGCAUAAUUUGGAUCAA